AUGCCGCCCGUCGACGCCAAAGCACCGUCCCAAACACCCGCCGAACCCAUCCUCUUCUCGUUCGCCGACUCGGAUGAGCUGUCGCGCAAUCUGGCGGAUUUUGUGAUCAAGGCACAGAACGAUGCGAUCUCGCGUAGGAACAAGUUCACGCUCGCCACUUCGGGUGGUUCGCUACCCAAGAUGCUCGCCAAGUACCUUAUCAACCGCGACGAUAACGCUUUGCGGUGGGACAAGUGGGAGAUCUUCUUCUGUGACGAACGCCUGGUUCCGUUGGAUCAUGAGGACAGCAACUACUAUCUGUGCCACCAGGAAUUCUUUUCGAAAGUUCCCGAACUCAAGCGAAGCCAAAUCCACACUAUCGAUGAAGCCCUGCUCGAUGAUCCGGAGGAGUUGUCGGAUGCGUACGAAAAGCAGCUGGUGCAGGCAUUUGCGGGAAAGGAGGCGGUUCGAAACCCAGUGUUCGACCUAAUCCUGUUGGGUAUGGGCCCGGAUGGCCACACCUGUUCGUUGUUCCCCGGUCACGAACUGUUGACAGAACAGGACAGGUGGGUGGCACCCAUCGAGGAUAGCCCCAAACCCCCGGCCAAGAGGAUUACGUUCACCUAUCCCGUCCUCAACCACGCUCACAGGUUGGCAUUCGUCCUCGCGGGCGAGGGCAAGCAGGAGAUGCUCAGCAAGGUGCUCGAUCAGCCUGAGUUGGGCCUCCCAGCUUCCAGAGUCCGUCCUUCGCCCCCUGGUGACAUCUACUUUUUUACCGACAACGCCGCCAGCAAGACCACAAAGUAUGCCAGGUCCGACUUUAAGCUCUGA